AUGGCCGUGGACUCGCUGCGACUGAGCUCGGUGAGUCCGGGGAACAAGCACGAUCGAUCGACGGGGCGAGUGGUGCUACGUCGUACCGUCCGGGCGUGUCGUCAUAUCUCAUCGCAAGCCAAGCUUACCAGCAAUACGAUCAUCUAUGUCACAGGUCGAGCAUGUCCACUUGUCCUUUCGAACGGGCGGAAGCACCGCGUCACCGCAAAAGGGCUCCCUGCAGCUCACCCCACAUGGCCUCGUCUUUCGGUCCGGAAGCAGCGAUGCGCCCCACGCAGCAUCAGACACCGUGAUCAAGGUGCGCUCACCACAUCAGUGUGACUCAGGUGUGCACACUGUGGACGUGACUGACAAGAGCAUGUUCUCUUGCGUGUGCCGUACGCGUUCGACCUACUUGCUCCGCUAGCUCCCCUUCUCGCUCAUCCACUCCGUAUCUCGCGGACCACCGAACCACGAUGGAUCACCAUCCGCAAUUACCAUUCGGACCCGCGACUUUCUCGUAUACGAUCUGUUUUUCCGCGAAGCUGACGAGGCGAAUGGGAUCUGGGACAGGCUCAAAGCGCUGUGCGCCGAGGUCGCGGCACACGGCAUACAAGGCCUUUACGCCUUCUCCGACAAUGCUACGGUCGACAUUUCAAAGGUGAACGGUCCCGACGCAAAGGGUAAAGGCAAAGCGGGGUGGAUGAUCUACAGCCCCGAGGCAGAGUUUGCUCGCAUGGGCCUUGGGACCCGGAGUAGAGCUUGGAGGUUUACGGCGCUCAACGAGAAAUACGAUGUAGGUGCAAGCAAAUGCGAACAUGACAGUCCACAACUCGAACCGACCGCAUCACCUAUUUGUCUUGCACAGCUCUGUCCAUCUUACCCGCCCCAGAUCGUGGUGCCGCAGAAGAUCUCGGACACGACGCUAAACUAUGCGGUCAAAUAUCGUAGCAAGGGCCGGAUUCCUGGCCUGGUGUACCUGCACUGGGCAAAUCUGGUUCGUCCAUACGGAGAUUACUAUCAUUCCCUGGCUAACCUCCUGAGGCGCGCUUCCCCGCAGGGGUCCAUCACUCGAUCGUCACAACCCAUGGUCGGCAUUACACAAGGUGCUCGAUCGAUACAGGACGAAAAGCUCGUCGAGUGCAUCUUUACCUCGCACUCGCAGCACUCGCAUCCCCGUCAGGCAAUGCGGGGCAGUUCUACGCGGGGCACGAACGAUGGGUCCGCAGGAAAUGCCGAAAUUGUGUACGGUGCUCAAGCGACUAACAUCAUCAUUGAUGCUCGGCCGACCAAGAAUGCGUAUGCGAACUCGAUCAAAGGCGCAGGGAGUGAGAACAUGUCUUUCUAUCGCAAUUGCCGGAAGGAAUAUCUUGGCAUCGACAAUAUUCACGUCAUGCGAUCCAGUCUGAAUGGCAUAUUCGACGGUCAGUGUGAUGCGCUACAAUUUUUGAAUCGACACAGUGCCUGACACGUCCGAUGCGCGUUCGUUGUCUCAGCCUUGCGAGACUCCGAGCUGACGGGCACCCUGGACCGACUUGCUCUGCGGAAAACGAAUUGGCUGGCCCAUCUAACGAACAUCCUUGACGGCGUGCGCACCAUCACGCGCACUAUUCACCUCUACAACUCCCACGUCUUGGUCCAUUGCUCGGACGGUUGGGAUCGCACCUCCCAGCUUUCUGCCCUCCCACAGCUAUGCUUAGACCCGUACUAUCGAACAGCUGCUGGCUUGGCCGUGCUGAUCGAAAAAGACUGGCUGUCCUACGGCCACCGCUUCACGGACCGCACGGGCCUCUUGUGUGGUGACCGUAUCCCCUUCGUCCAAGCUCGGGGCGACGAUUCGAUGCCACAACAGGCGUUCUUCGCCAAUGUCUCCAAGUCGCUUGGCGCAACUCGCUCCAACGCCAAGGAGGUCUGCCCAGUGUUUCAGCAGUUCUUGGACUGUAUUUACCAAAUCCAACGACAAUUUCCGACUCGGUUCGAAUGGAACGACACUCUGCUCCGACGACUGCACUACGAGAGCUACACCGGUCGAUCCGGCACGUUUGUUUUCAACUCCGAAAGGGAUCGAUCCGAUUUCAACGCGCGUGAUCUCACUUCGAGCGUUUGGGAAGAAUUUUUCGAAGAGGUUUCGACCGGACCCAACGGUGAGACCGAGCUCCGACUCAAAGCCGAAUUCGUCAAUCAUCUGUACGACCCCUCCUUGGACGAUCCCACGGCAAGACGCGCCGAUGCGGAUCAAGGCGUGCUCUUCUUGGACCCCCAAGAUGUACGAUGGUGGUAUGCCCUGUUCAAUCGCUCCGACGAGGAGAUGAACGGCUCACCGAACGAAAUACAUCCCCAAGUGGUCGAGGAAGCUGUCGCUGUGGUUGUUCCGCAACCAUCGAUCGAACCCGGUGGUGGUGCUUCAUUGAACGGGUCUCGUCCCCAACAGUUCCAGACCGCAAGUGCGACGGUCGACACGAGUAUCACGGACCGCGACCCAAGGCCGACCAGCAGAUCGACCGCAGCGAGCCCGACGUCGCCGACUUCAGCGACGCCACUACGUUCCGGCGGCUCUCUACCCCUCGAGGUCCCCUCCCAAGCCCAAGUAGCCGAGGCCGUAUCUUCGGUCCAGCGCUUCGGUUGGUCCGCAUGGAAAUCGGUCCAAAAGUACGGGCAGGAUGCGGCGCAGCGAUUCGAGGCACGUGCUGCCGCAGGGUCAGUUCCUUCCCAAACUCUCCUCGCGGCUUCCCCGGCUCGGACUCAGAGUCCGGUACCCUCACCCAACGGGGCAACAACCCUGGCUGGUCAGGUGGACGGUCUCUCUGUCGGUCACUCGUACCAGCCUUACGCCCCUGCGUCGGCAGGUCGUAGGCAACAAGCGCUUGCGCAGUCGUCCUCGGCCGGGAUCCAAGACCUUCCGAAAUCACGGACAGAGGCCAUGUUUACAGCGACACCAGCUGCUGUCCCAGUAGUGGCACCAACGACACAGCCGCAGCCAGCGAAAGACAGCAAUUGGGAUCCUCUCGGAGUGGGCUCGAGCUAA